AUGGCUGAGUGUGAUAGAAGCUUCAAGAUGCUUAAGGAAAAGCUAACAACUGCACCUGUACUAGUACUACCCGAUCCACAAAAACCUUUUGAAAUAUACUGUGACGCCUCUCAUAAAGGACUUGGAUGUGUGCUGAUGCAAGACAAAAAUAUGGUGGCUUAUGCUUCCCGGCAGUUGAGACCUCACGAACAAAAUUAUCUAACGCAUGACUUGGAAUUGGCUGCAGUAGUAAACAAUAUUGCAUCCCGCUAUGGGUCGCCACAAGCAAUCGUGAGCGACCAAGGUUCUAACUUUUGCAAUAGGAAGGUAGAAGCACUACUCAAGCGAUAUGGGGUGUUACAUAAGCUUGCAACCGCCUAUCACCCCCAAACAAAUGGGCAAGCGGAGGUGUCCAACCGGGAGAUUAAGCGAAUUUUGGAAAAAGUGGUAAAUCCACAAAGGAAGGACUGGAGCUCUCGGUUGGGAGAUGCAUUGUGGGCAUAUAGGACGGCCUAUAAGACUCCGUUAGGGAUGAUUCCCUUUCGGAUUGUCUAUGGGAAGGCGUGCCACCUCCCAGUUGAAAUUGAGUAUAAGGCCUAUUGGGCUGUUAAGCACUGUAAUAUGGAUAUCACCAAGGCGGGUAUAGCCAGGAAAUUGCAACUGGAGGAGCUUGAAUGUCUUAGGAUGGAGGCGUAUGAGAAUGCUCAGAUCUACAUGGAAAAGACUAAGGCAUUUCAUGAUCACCAUAUCCGAAAAAAAGAUUUUCAAGAAGGUGACGAAGUUCUCCUUUAUAAUUCGAGGCUCAGAUUCAUGCCUAGAAAGCUCCGUUCAAGAUGGGAUGGACCCUUUAGAGUAAAGGAACUAAAGCCCUAUGGUGUGGUCGAAUUAUUUGACCCUCAAAGUGAUACAACAUUCAAAGUGAACGACAAUAGAGUGAAGAAGUAUCAUGGCUACAAAUUAUCAAGAGAAGUAGAGGUGUUCCUACUUGAGGAUGCACCUACAGGAGGAGAAGCUUAA